UUUUCCACAGUUUCCUCCUCCUGCCAUUUACAGGGACAGUUUCACCUAAAUGGAAUGCACAAAACUGGAGAUGUGAUUCUAGGGGGCUUGUUUGAAGUUCACUUUUUCUCUGUGUUUCCUGAUUUGUCAUUUACAGUUCAGCCUCAACAGAUCAUCUGCCAUGGGUUUGAUGUUCUAGGAUUCAGGCAGGCCCAGACUAUGGCCUUUGCUAUUGAUGAGAUCAACAGAAACAACGAACUACUGCCUAAUGUGGCUCUGGGAUAUAGUCUGUAUGAUAACUGUGUCGAACUAGGAGUUGGUUUUCGUGCUGCAUUAUCAUUAGUCAGCGGUCAAGAGAAGCAGUUUGUGUUAGAUGACACAUGUGUGGGAAUCCCUCCAGUCCUGGGGAUAGUGGGUGAUUCUUCUUCCACACGUUCUAUUGCCAUCUCCAGUGUGGUAGGUUUGUACCGAGUGCCUAUGGUGAGUUAUUUUGCAACAUGUUCCUGUUUGAGUGACCAGGAAAAGUUUCCAUCCUUCUUUCGGACAAUUCCAAGUGACGCCUUUCAGGUGAGUGCUAUGAUUCAGAUUCUUAAACACUUCAGCUGGGCGUGGGCAGGUCUGCUGGUCAGUGAUGAUGACUAUGGACUCCAUGCUGCCCGGUCUUUCCAAGUGGAUCUUGCCCAGUCUGGUGUGGGUUGUCUAGCCUACUUAGAGGUUUUACCCUGGGGAGAGAAUCCAUCUGAACUUAAGAGGAUUGUGAAUGUUAUGAGAAAGUCAACGGCUCACGUGGUCAUUGCUUUUGCACAUGAAUCCAACAUGAUUGACCUUAUGGAGGAGGUGAUGAGGCAGAAUGUGACUGGUCUUCAGUGGAUGGCCAGUGAAGCCUGGGCAUCAGCCACUGUGUUACAGACUCCACGCCUCAUGCCAUAUCUGGGUGGUACACUGGGUAUUGCCAUCCGCAGAGGAGAGAUACCAGGACUCAAGGAGUUUUUGUUACAAAUACAACCUAACCAGGAUUUAUUCAACAGUUAUGAAAAUAAUAUGGUUAGAGUAACUCAGUUUUGGGAACACACAUUUCAGUGUAAGUUUGCACCACCUCCAGUAGGUUGGGUAGAAGCUGGAGGAACACUGUGCACUGGACGAGAAGAUCUAGAGAAAGUGGAAACAGAGUUUUUGGAUAUUACGAACCUUAGACCAGAGUAUAAUGUGUACAAGGCUGUGUAUGCUCUGGCCUAUGCCCUCGAUGACAUGCUGCGCUGUGAACCAGGUAAAGGACCUUUCAGAGGGAACAGCUGUGCCAGUUUACAAAGACUGGAGCCAUGGCAGCUUGUACAUUAUUUGCAAAAGGUGAACUUCACCACAUCGUUUGGUGAUCAGGUAUCAUUUGAUGAAAAUGGCGAUGCCCUGCCAAUCUAUGACAUCAUGAACUGGUUGUGGCUUCCUGAUGGACGGACAGAGGUUCAGACUGUGGGAGAAGUUAAGAAAUCGGCCUUCAAAGGGGAAGAACUCUUACUGGAUGAAGAUAAAAUCUUCUGGAACUUUGAAUCCACAAAGCCUCCCCGGUCUGUGUGCAGUGACAGCUGCCCUCCUGGUACUCGCAUGGCCAGAAAGAAGGGGCAACCAGAGUGUUGUUUUGACUGCAUCCUGUGUUCAGAUGGAAAAAUCAGCAAUAAGAGUGACUCCAUAGAGUGCACCAGUUGUCCAGAGGAUUUCUGGUCCAGUCCCCAGCGUGACCACUGUGUUCCUAAGAAAACUGAGUUCCUCUCCUACCAUGAGCCUCUGGGUAUCUGCUUGACCACUGCAUCAUUACUGGGUGCAAUUAUAUGUGCUGCAGUCCUGGGGAUUUUCAUUCAUCAUCGCAAAACACCAAUAGUACGAGCCAAUAACUCAGAGCUGAGUUUCCAUCUUCUGGUGUCUCUUAAACUGUGCUUCCUGUGUUCACUGUUGUUCAUUGGUCGUCCCAGACUAUGGACAUGUCAACUGAGACAUGCAGCGUUUGGGAUCAGCUUUGUGCUUUGUGUCUCAUGUAUUCUGGUGAAAACCGUGGUGGUUCUGGCUGUAUUUAAGGCCUCAAAACCAGGAGGUGGAGCCAGUCUCAAGUGGUUUGGUCCUCUACAGCAGAGAGGCACCGUUUUAGCUCUUACAUCUGUCCAAGCAGCAAUCUGCACAGCUUGGCUUGUCUCUGCAUCUCCAGCUCCACAUAAAAACACUGAAUAUCAUAAUGACAAAAUAGUUUAUGAGUGUGUAGUUGGGUCCACAGUUGGUUUUGCAGUGUUACUGGGUUAUAUUGGUUUUCUGGCUAUUCUCAGCUUCCUGUUAGCAUUUAUGGCAAGGAAUCUUCCCGACAACUUCAAUGAGGCCAAACUCAUUACUUUCAGUAUGUUGAUCUUCUGUGCUGUGUGGGUGGCCUUUGUCCCUGCUUAUGUCAGCUCUCCAGGUAAAUAUACAGAUGCAGUGGAGGUGUUUGCCAUCCUGGCCUCCAGUUUUGGCCUUUUGGUUGCACUAUUCGGACCCAAAUGUUACAUAAUCCUGCUGAAACCAGAGAGAAACACGAAGAAAGUGAUCAUGGGCAGAGGCACCAACAAUUCAUGA